UAAUAAAGGGCCGCGCGUCGUCACGUUUUACUGUACGUUUAGGGAGUCUGUGAGUGUUUGUCAGAUUGUGUGCGUGUGUGUGAAUCAAUCACACAACCACACCAACAACCCCCAGACAGUGUAUCUACUACAAUAACAACAAAAAUAAGAACAACGACACCGAAACGACGAAUACAAAUAGCAAUCAAGCGAAACCGGUUCCGGUGCUACGCGUUCGUUUGGUGAAUUGUGUGCGUGUGCGCGACACACAUCUACACAAACCUAAGUGUAAAAUUUGCUAUAAAAGCAGCGAGUGUUGAAAGUGAAAAUUGAAAUUUGAAAAUUAAAAAUUUGACGAACCAGUGUUGGAUUAGUGUUUGCACGUCAUAUUCAGUGCGCAAUAUUGAAACAUAUUGUGGAUUGCCAUUUGGAUAUAAUAAAACAACUUGUGGGUGAAUCAACAACAACAGCGCAAAUUACGCACAACUACAAAAGUAGCACCAAAAGCCGUAAAAUGUUGCCGCCACCGCGCUUAAACGCCAUAAAAUGGCUAACAUUACUUGCAGCCUUGGCUGCCUUCUGCACUCCAAUCGCUUAUGCGGCGACCCAACCCGAUGCCGACCAGAAAGGACCCGUUUUCCUCAACGAACCGACCAACCGCAUUGACUUCUCCAACUCGACAGGCGCCGAAAUUGAAUGCAAAGCCAGCGGAAACCCCAUGCCCGAAAUCAUUUGGAUUCGUAGUGAUGGUACUGCUGUUGGUGAUGUACCUGGACUGCGUCAAAUUUCAUCCGAUGGCAAAUUGGUAUUCCCACCCUUCCGCGCUGAAGAUUAUCGACAAGAAGUGCACGCUCAAGUUUAUGCCUGUUUGGCGCGCAAUCAAUUUGGCACCAUUAUUUCACGCGAUGUUCACGUGCGAGCGGUUGUUGCCCAAUAUUACGACACCGAUGUAAAUAAAGCUUAUGUGAUUCGUGGCAAUGCGGCUGUUUUGAAAUGUGAAAUACCAUCCUUUGUUGCGGAUUUUGUCAGUGUUGUGUCGUGGCAUACGGAUCAAAAUGAGGACUUUUUACCAGGCACCGAAUAUGAUGGCAAAUACUUGGUUUUGCCUUCUGGUGAGCUGCAUAUUCGUGAAGUUGGACCUGAGGAUGGCUAUAAGAGUUACCAGUGCCGCACCAAGCAUCGUCUGACUGGCGAAACACGACUGAGCGCGACUAAAGGACGUUUGGUGAUUACAGAACCGGUUGGCAGGGUUUCACCGAAAUUUCCCACUGUGCAAACGAGCAGCAGCUUUACGGCGAACGCGCAGUCUGGCGUCACGCUUCUAUGCCCAGCGCAAGCCUAUCCAGCGCCAAUGUUUAGAUGGUACAAAUUUAUUGAAGGCACCACACGCAAACAGGCUGUCAUCUUAAAUGAACGCGUCAAACAAGUUUCCGGCACGCUGAUCAUCAAAGAUGCUGUCGUCGAGGAUUCUGGCAAAUAUUUGUGCGUUGUCAACAACUCUGUGGGUGGUGAGAGCGUUGAAACUGUGCUCACCGUUACCGCGCCACUCUCCGCGAAAAUCGAUCCUCCCACACAAACUGUUGAUUUUGGACGUCCUGCCGUCUUCACCUGCCAAUACAGCGGCAAUCCCAUCAAGACAAUCAGUUGGAUGAAGGAUGGCAAAUCGAUUGGGCACAGCGAUCAAGUCUUACGUAUCGAAUCGGUGAAGAAGGAAGAUAAGGGCAUGUAUCAGUGUUUCGUACGCAACGAUCAGGAGUCGGCGGAAGCAAGCGCUGAACUGAAGCUCGGCGGUCGUUUCGAUCCACCUGUUAUACGGCAGGCAUUCCAAGAGGAAACAAUGGAACCUGGCCCAAGCGUGUUUCUAAAGUGUGUAGCAGGCGGUAAUCCAACACCCGAAAUCUCAUGGGAACUCGAUGGCAAGAAAAUUGCAAAUAUUGAUCGCUACCAAGUGGGACAAUAUGUGACUGUGAAUGGAGAUGUUGUUUCUUAUUUGAACAUAACCUCAGUGCAUGCGAACGACGGCGGCCUCUACAAGUGUAUUGCGAAGAGUAAAGUGGGCGUUGCCGAACACUCAGCGAAAUUAAAUGUCUACGGUCUACCCUACAUUCGACAGAUGGAGAAGAAGGCUAUUGUAGCGGGCGAAACUUUAAUUGUAACCUGUCCCGUAGCGGGCUAUCCAAUUGACUCGAUAGUUUGGGAACGUGAUAAUCGCGCUUUACCCAUCAAUCGCAAACAGAAGGUCUUCCCCAAUGGCACUUUGAUUAUCGAGAAUGUGGAACGUAACUCCGAUCAAGCAACCUACACUUGCGUGGCGAAGAAUGUGGAAGGCUAUUCGGCGCGCGGCUCGCUAGAAGUACAAGUUAUGGUCCUUCCACAAAUCACACCCUUCAGUUACGACGACAUAAUCAACACCGGCGACUCUAUAGAUUUGCUUUGUCAAAUACAGAAAGGUGAUCGUCCGAUCAAGAUCAACUGGAGUUUUGAACGCGCAGCUGGCGAUGCGCGCUACGACAGUCUCCAGCCGAUAAUGCGCACAAAUCGCUUUAGCAUCAAAUCGAGUGUGCUAUCAAUACCGCGCGCCACACCCGCACACACUGGCACAUACACUUGUACGGCCAGCAAUGCGGCUGGCUCAACGACCUAUAGCACAAAUCUUACCGUUAAUGUGCCACCCAGAUGGAUACUCGAACCCACCGACAAAGCUUUUGCACAAGGCUCCGAUGCUAAGGUUGAAUGCAAGGCUGAUGGCUUCCCCAAACCACAGGUUACAUGGAAGAAAGCCGUUGGCGAUAGCCCCGGUGAAUACAAGGAUCUGAAGAAGAACGAUAAUAUUCGCGUUGAAGAAGGCACCCUGCACAUCGACAAUAUUCAAAAGACCAACGAAGGCUAUUAUCUCUGUGAGGCUAUCAAUGGUAUUGGAUCUGGACUUUCAGCCGUCAUUAUGAUUAGCGUACAGGCACCACCAGAAUUCACCGAAAAACUUCGUAAUCAGACCGCACGCCGUGGCGAACCCGCUGUGCUGCAAUGCGAAGCUAAGGGCGAGAAACCCAUUGGCAUACUCUGGAACAUGAAUAAUGUACGCUUGGACCCCAAGAAUGAUAAUCGCUACACAAUUCGCGAAGAAAUUCUCUCCACCGGUGUCAUGUCGAGCCUCUCCAUUAAACGCACCGAACGUUCCGACUCAGCGCUCUUCACUUGCUUGGCCACCAAUGCUUUCGGUUCGGACGACACUAGCAUUAAUAUGAUCAUUCAGGAAGUGCCCGAAAUGCCCUACGCCUUGAAAGUUUUGGAUAAAUCUGGACGUUCUGUACAAUUGAGCUGGGCUCAACCCUACGAUGGCAAUUCACCACUGAUUCGCUACAUAAUUGAAUUCAAACGUUCACGCGCAAGCUGGGAUGAAGUGGAUCGUGUUAUGGUGCCCGGACAUACUACCGAAGCGCAAGUGCAAAAAUUGAGUCCUGCCACCACCUACAAUAUACGCAUUGUGGCCGAGAAUGCCAUUGGUACUUCGCAAUCAUCGGAAGCUGUGACAAUCAUUACCGCAGAAGAAGCACCCUCUGGCAAGCCACAAAAUAUCAAAGUUGAACCAGUGAAUCAGACUACACUGCGCGUCACCUGGAAACCACCAGCACGCUCCGAAUGGAAUGGUGAAAUAUUGGGCUACUACGUUGGCUACAAACUAUCGAAUACCAAUUCGUCAUACGUUUUUGAGACUGUUAACUUUUUGACUGAAGAAGGCAAGGAACAUAGCUUGGAAUUGAAUAAUUUGCGCGUGUAUACACAGUAUUCGGUUGUGAUACAAGCAUUCAACAAGAUCGGCGCUGGUCCAUUGAGCGAAGAAGAGAAACAAUUCACUGCCGAGGGCACACCCAGCCAACCACCAAGCGACACUGCCUGCACAACAUUGACCUCGCAGACCAUUCGCGUCAGCUGGGUGAGUCCACCACUUGAGUCGGCUAAUGGUGUUAUCAAGACCUACAAAGUGGUGUAUGCGCCCAGCGAUGAGUGGUAUGAUGACACCAAGCGUCACUACAAGAAGACUGCCUCCUCAGACACCGUUUUGCAUGGCCUCAAAAAGUUCACCAAUUACACCAUGCAAGUACUCGCCACCACCGCUGGCGGCGAUGGCGUACGCAGCGCACCCAUCCAUUGUCAUACUGAACCAGAUGUUCCCGAUGCACCCACCGAUGUGAAGGCCUUAGUCAAGGGGCAAGCUGCCAUACUAGUUUCGUGGCGCCCACCAGCACAACCUAACGGCAUCAUCCAACAAUACACUGUCUACUCCAAAGUCGAGGGCGCUGAGGGUGGACCCAAGAGUCAGAAAAUACCACAUUAUCAAAUGAGUUAUGAGGCCACUGAAUUGGAAAAGAAUAAGCCUUACGAAUUCUGGGUCACCGCUAGCACCAACAUCGGCGAAGGUCAGCCCUCAAAGAGCAUUGUUGCCAUGCCCAGCGAUCAAGUGCCCGCCAAGAUUGCCUCAUUCGAUGACACUUUCACCGCCACCUUCAAGGAAGACGCUAAAAUGCCAUGCUUGGCUGUAGGUGCACCACAACCUGAGAUCACCUGGAAGAUUAAGGGUGUUGAGUUUACUGGCAAUGAUCGCAUGCGCGUACUGCCCGACGGUUCGUUGUUGAUCAAAUCGGUUAAUCGUCAAGAUGCUGGUGAAUAUUCGUGUCAUGCCGAGAAUUCGAUUGCAAAGGACUCAAUUACACAUAAAUUGAUUGUACUUGCGCCGCCACAAUCACCACAAGUAUCGCUCUCGGCCACCACCACCGAUUCGCUAACCGUAAAAUUGAAGCCACAUGAGGGAGACACUGCACCAUUGCAUGGCUACACACUGCACUAUAAGCCAGAAUUCGGCGAAUGGGAAACUGCUGAGGUCUCUGUUGAUGCACAGAAGUACACCAUUGAAAAUCUGCUCUGCGGUUCACGCUAUCAAGUCUAUGCUACCGGUUUCAAUAACAUCGGCGCUGGCGAAGCUUCGGACAUACUGAACACACGCACCAAAGGCUAUAAGCCCAAAUUGCCAGAGAAACAGCGGUUUAUUGAGGUUUCAUCCAACUCGGUUUCACUGCAUUUCAAGGCCUGGAAAGAUGGCGGCUGCCCUAUGUCUCACUUUGUUGUUGAAAACAAGAAGCGCGAUCAAACUGAAUGGAAUCAAAUUUCGAAUAAUGUCAAGCCUGAUAAUAACUACGUUGUUUUGGAUCUGGAACCUGCCACCUGGUAUAACCUACGCAUUACAGCUCAUAACUCUGCCGGCUUCACUGUUGCCGAAUAUGAUUUCGCCACAUUGACUGUGACUGGAGGCACUAUUGCACCACUCGACGAUGGCCACGGUGCAGGCAAUUUGAACACGCGCUUACGCCUGCCAGCCUGGAUGCCCGAAUGGCUCGAUUUGAAUUUCAUGGUGCCUCUCAUAGCCACAGUCAUUGUGGUAGCGGUGGGUAUACUUGUUGUGUGUGUAGCGCUUUCCAGACGCCGUGCGGACGACCUGCGAGGUGGACAAAAGGAUGUGUACUAUGAUGUAGUUUAUAAUCAGACCAUGGGACCUGGCGCCACUCUGGACAAGCGCCGACCAGAUUUACGUGAUGAACUCGGCUAUAUUGCACCACCCAACCGCAAGCUGCCACCAGUGCCCGGCUCCAACUACAACACCUGUGACCGGAUUAAGCGAGCACGUGGCAUUCGCUCGAAUCACUCAACCUGGGAUCCACGCCGUACAAACUUGUAUGAGGAAUUGAAGGCGCCACCAGUGCCAUUGCACGGUAAUCAUUAUGGUCCCGAGGAUGUACAGUGCCAUUACAGACAUCCAGGCAUGGAAGAUGAGAUCUGCCCCUAUGCGACUUUCCACCUGCUCGGCUUCCGCGAAGAAAUGGAUCCCACAAAGGCUAUGAACUUCCAAACCUUCCCACAUCAAAACGGACAUGCACCCGGACCCGGACAUGCUGGCACCAUGGGACCACCCGGUCAUCCCGGACAUGUACACUCACGCUCCGGUUCACAGUCAAUGCCACGUGCCAAUCGUUAUGCCCGUAAGAAUAGCCAGGGUGGCCAGUCGUCGAUCUAUACACCAGCACCGGAAUAUGAUGACCCAGCCAAUUGCGCUGAGGAAGACCAAUACCGCCGUUACACACGCGUCAACUCACAGGGUGGCAGCCUGUACUCUGGCCCAGGACCCGAAUAUGAUGAUCCCGCCAAUUGCGCACCCGAAGAGGAUCAAUACGGUUCACAGUAUGGCGGUCCAUAUGGAACACCAUAUGAUCAUUAUGGCUCACGCGGCUCGAUGGGACGUCGCAGUGUUGGUUCUGCACGUAAUCCAGGCAAUGGUUCACCAGAACCUCCACCACCACCACCACGCAACCACGACAUGAGCAAUUCAUCGUUCAAUGACUCCAAAGAGAGCAAUGAGAUCUCAGAAGCUGAAUGUGAUCGCGAUCAUGGACCACGCGGCAAUUAUGGCGCUGUCAAAAGAUCCCCACUACAAAAGGAUCAGCGUACAACUGAAGAAAUGCGCAAACUGAUUGAAAGUCGACGGCCAUUAAACGAAGCCGGUCCAAAACAACUCCAACAACAAAGUGGCGCAGGAUUCACAGCCUACGAUACUAUGGCAGUGUAAUUUGUAAACCGAUAGUUGUAGUAACAAAAACCACAAUUUACUAGCACAACAACAACUAGAAGAAAAAUGUAAAACCUCCCAGCCCCACUAGUCACAGCAGCAGCAACCGCAGCGAGCAUCGCCAGACCAAUUUUUUCUUCCCAUGGAAUAGUUGGUGAGAGAGAAGAGAAAUUAGUUGAUUAACGGAGUAAGAGAAAGAGAAGGAGAUAGAGAGAGAGCUAAAUAGCGCGAGUGAAAGCAGAGGAAAAGUUAGUAGCGGUAAUUGAAAAUAAGUAUGUAUUCCCUCUCAAAAUAGUUAGGCAGCGCACGGGAGAGAGGGAGCGAGUAAUAUAAGUGAGUUACCAAGAGGGGAAGUGUGUGAGUGCGAAAUUCAAAGCACGGGCGUAAUUUGUGCGAAAGAGAUAAAUAUAUAGUAUAGGCUUACAUCCAUACACAUAUGAACAUCACAACAGUAAAUGUAAAAGUGAAACUAUUUAUAUGCAAACACUCUCUCUUUUUUUUUCUAUAAAAAAAUACGUAACAAAAAAAAAAUUAUGAUGAAAAAAUGCAAAAAAUAAGAAAGUAAAAGUAAAAAAGUUGCAGAGGAGUUGUAUGACGAAAAUUGAAUAAUUAAAAAAAAAAAAAUAUUGCAUACCUACAUAAACAUACAUAUAUGAAACGUAUUUAUAUUAUACAAUACAUACAUAUAAUUAUAAUUAAUAUUACUGCAAAAACGAACAAGAAAAAAAUAUAUAUAUGACUAUUAAAUGUUUUACGUGAAAGGAAAGAUUAAAAAUAGGAUAAGAAGAGAAAAAUGCAUGCAAGUGAGAGAGCAGAAUAGCAUAAGCGCAUAAGCGCAUAAGAAAGUAAGAGCAAGAGAAACAACUACUUCAUUAAGACGAAAACACCAGUAAAAUAUUUUACAACAACAGCAACAAAUACAAUGCGUAUUAUUUGUGUUUAUUUGCUGUAGGCAAAACAAAACAAUAUAAAACCAAAUUUUACUUUUAAAUGCAAACGAAACAAAGAAAACAUUAUUUUACAUAAAUAUAAUAGUACUCUUACAUAUACAUAUAUGAAACGAUGAACACUCAAGCAUUUAUUGUAACAAAAUAGUUGAAGCAGUUAGGAAUGUGAAACGAAGAAAGCGAGGAAGUAUCAAUCAAGUUUUUAUAAGCCAUACAUUUUUAUGUGUAAUUAAAAUAAGUGAACUACGAACAGUCAGUUAAAGUACACGGAAAAAAUUCAACUACAAGCCUACAUACACACACACUCACAGCACACAGCAAAUCUCAUGCAAACUGAAUUAGUAAAAAUGUUUACCGUUUUGUUAUCAACAGUAACCGAUAGUAGCAGGGAAGCAGCAGUAGCUCAAUAAUAUGCAGUUUGCACAAACUUUGAAAAUUGUAUUUUUUCAAAACGAUUUGCAUAGUUUUAUAUAGUUGAGUAAACGAAAUGUGAUGCUUAAAAGUUUGUGCAAAUCAUUUUCAAAGAAGUUUGCGCAAACUUAUCAUUUUUUAUGUUUAUUGAAAUUUUACUGAAUUGCAUUUAGGAUUAGAAAAAAAUGGGGGUUUCAAUAGUUAUUUGAAAUUACAAAUUGCUUGUGCUAACUUUUUUUAAAUUUCAAUUUACUUAUUAUUAAUUUGAAGGGCGGUUUGUGCAAACUUUUCCAAAUUUAAUUUUUUUUGCCAAUUUUGUGAACAUGA